UUUUGCUUUAAGUUUAAGCUUUAAAAUUACAAAUAAUUAUGUAGUCAAGAUAAUUUCAUUGUUCACAUACUAAUAAAAUAAUAUAAGUUACAUUGGCCUAGUACACUGCAUGCUAUGAAUUGUUUCUGUUGCUAUGGGUGAUAAAAAUCAAUAAUAUACCACUAAUACCACGUAUUAGAAUUUUGUCUUUUAACAGUAAUAUUUGUAUAUAACUGUAUAUUAUAUAAUUAUAAUUUAACUGUAUUUAGAUAUUUUAUAUUAUAUCCAAUGAAUAAAGAGCAGAGUGAGUCAGUUUUACAUUCUAAUGAUGGUUCAUAUUCCGAAGAAAUUAAUGGGCAGUAUAUCAUGGAACUGCCUGUAUUUAGUAAUAAAAAAAUAAACAGUACUCAAAUCCAACAGCAUAAGAAGAAAAAAGUUUUAAAACCAAUACGUAUGCACACAUUGUCAGCCAACAGAAGAAGACAAUGCGUAUCAAAUUCACCAUAUCUAACAACUUAUACUAACUGUACUGGAGCUCGAUCAAAUUCAUCAAAUGUUAAUAAUUUACUAAUUAACCACCACAUAAUACGGAUCAAAAAACUAGAGAAUGAACUAAUUGAAGCACAUAUGAAAACGCGUGAAUUGAUUGUAGAAAAUCGUUUAUUGAACACAUUGAUAAAGCGACACGAAAAUGCAUUAUCUAUGUAUGAAGGUAAACAAUCCAAAUUACCACAAGAAAUUAAAUCAUAUGAAGAGGAAGUACGCACAUUAAAAAGUCAAAUACGUCAUAUUAAAAUCUCAUUUAAAGAAAUGGAAAAUAGAUACAAGUCGCAGAAUAUUGAAUUAAUAACUUUACAAAAACAGUAUAAACACCUUUUAGGUUUAUCUCAAAAUAAACAGCUUAGUAAAAAAGAAAAAUUAUCAGAUCAAUUAGAAGAAGCACUGAAUACAAUAAAAAAACAAGAUGAUAAAAUUUUGAAUAUUAUGAAAAAAUUAGAACUUCAGAACAAAUCACAUAGGUAUAAUAUAAAUUUAAAAAAUACUAAAAUCAAAGAAUUACAACAUGAAAUCGAUGAAGUCAAACAUUUAGAAGAUGAAAACAAAAAUCUAAGAUCAUGUUUGGAUAAACUCAAAAAUAAAAGUUAUAUUUCAAGACAAAACUUUACCAAAGGCAUAACUGAAGAUUCAAUAAGCAUAAAAUCUCGUGUAUUAAAGCCAGCAAUACGUGAUAGACAAGGUAGUGUAACAGAUGAAUCUUUAAACAAAACUAAUGGGUCAAUAUCCAUUAAACCAGAAACAUUUCACGAAGAUCGAGAAAAAAACAGUAGAUAUUCAAUAAAAAACAAUAAAGAAUUAUACACAUCAACAACACCAAGCAGUAUGUCUUGGAUAGACAAUGAUGUGACCAAGUUGACAAAAGAAAAUCAACCAGAACUAUUAAAAACUAUAAAAAAUGAUUUUGAAGAUAAAACUACAGCUUCAAUUCAAAUACCAAGAAUCUCUAUGUCUAGAACACAAAAGGAUAUACUUUUAGCAAAAUUAAAUCAAGUCAGUGAAGAUACAGACAACAAUGAAAAUUAUUAUAAGUCUAAACUAUUAAAACAGCCAAUCAAUAAGAGGUAUUCAUCAUAUGAUUCUGACAAUAUAAGUGGUGAAUCUUCUAAUAGUGAUAGUUCACAGGAAUAAUGGAAUAUUAACUAAAUAUAUUAUACUUGCAUUGUUAAUAAUAAAUAUACUAUUUAAUGUUUUA